UAAAAGAAAGAUAUAUCUUAAUGGCAUGCAGUUAAAAUUAUAUAUUUUUCUAUCUUUAAAUUUCAAAUUUAUGUAUUUUUAAAAACAAAGUUUAGUAAUAGUAAAAUUUCUCAUUUUCUUAUAUAGGUGAUUCUACAAACGAGUGAAUUUUGACUGAACAAAGAAGCAUUUUCGCAUAAAUAAACCGACAGCAAACACGACAAAUACUAUUUAAGUAAGGGACAAUGUAUAACAAAAUGAAUAAAUCUCAAUUAUUUUCCAUAUUGUUUGGAAUUUUGCUUAUUACCUUGAUUUCUUCUGAUGCAAGGCCCAGCAAAUGUUCAUUAAGAAUUAAGCAAGAUUUAGAAAUCACAACAGGCAACUCAACAAAUUGUAAUGGGGCACAAGUAUCAAUACCAGCACCAGUAGAAGUACCAGCACCAGUACCAGUACAAGUACCAGCACCAGUAGAAGUAUUAGCACCAGUACCACUACAAAUACCAGCUCCAGUAGUAGUACCAAUACCAGCACCAGUAGUAGUACCAGCAGCAGCACCAGUACCAAUACCAGCAUCAGUACAAGUACCAUUAUCAGCACGAGUACUAUUAUUAUUACCACCACCAGUUUUAGUAUCAUUAUAAUAUGUAUUAUGAUUGUACUAAUUAUUAUUUGAUUACAUUAUUAUAUGUUUAAUUAAUCUUUUUUUAUUAUUACUUUUGUAUAGGUUAUGGGUAAUCGAUAGUAAAACUCGAGUGGUGAAACGCCUUGGCUUGCGGUCACCGAGGUUAAGCACAUCUAAUCACGAUUAGUACUUGGAUGGGUGACUGCCUCGGUACCCGCUAUUGGCGAUUCAAACAGCUACACUAGCGCCACAGUUGAACUAAUUUAGGUGUGACUCGCUCUAAAGCAGUCUCUGUUUUGACAUUUUAUUUCAAAUUAUUUAAUUAUUCUGAUAUUUUUAUUGCGUUUGUAAAAUUAUUUUUAAGCGUUAAAUAAAAAAAAAUAAUUUAAAACACAUGGAGUGCUACAGAGCGAGUCACACCUAAAUUAGUUCAACUGUGGCGCUAGUGUAGCUGUUUGAAUCGCCAAUAGCCCUGGUGUUUUCGCUGCAAUCAAGAUAUAUUAAGCGAGAGGUUUGACGUCGCGUCGAGGAUAUGUUUGUGCAUUUGGAUGACUAUUUAAAUGUACAUUCAUGACUCGACAGUCUAUAAACCGGCUGUAUUCAGUAGAGGUUUUCCGUAGUUUUCCUCUACUCUGAUCAAAAUAGGGUCAGGCAAAUGCGAGUACUUCUAAUAAAAGUCGGCUACGACAACCGCAAUUUGGGGUUUUGACAUUACAGGAUUUAUAUUUUUUUGGUUUAUUCUAUUUUUAAUUGUUCUUCUUAUGGUUUUCUUGUGACAAUAAAUAAAUUGUAAUUAAAAUAA